AGCUCAAAGUGAGAGCAGACGCGGAGUGUGUGGUAUAUUGUUGUCGUGUUGUGUCGUUGUUGCCGUGUGUGCGGAUGAAAAAAAUUUUAUUUCAAAGAAAAUAAAAGGAAAAAAACGAAACUGAGAAAAAUCGGAAAAUUCCAACCAACACACAAUAAAAACAACCGAAUUUUACCGUUUUAAUUCAAUGAAAAUUGUAAUCAACGCGGUGAAACGUAUUUAGAAACGAUUUAUUAACGGACAAAACUAAUUCGGAAAACUCAACAGAUUUUUCAAGCAGUGAAUUAAAAUGAAAAUGCCUACAAUAUUUUGACGAUUCCAUUCCGUUUGACCUGUUCAAGUUUUUUUUUUGUACAGCGUUCUCUUGAAAAUAGAAAAUAUAGAAAUAACAAUCGAAUUUAGCAGAGAACCGUGUGUAGCAAGAAAAAAAAAUUGUUGAAAAAUUCGGGGAAAAGUUUCAUUAAUUAAUGUGCAAUUCGUGCGGAAGGAGCUAAUCACAAAUUUUGUUUCAUUUUACGAGUAUGUGCGAAUGGCGAUUUAUGAGUGCCAUAAACAGAUAUAUUGAGUGUGGUCAAUAAGUGUGAAAAAGAAAAUAGUUCAGAAAUGCGACCAAACAAGAAUUUAAAGUGAAAAACGAUUUCUAAAUUUUUUACUGAAAGGUGUACCAGUAAUUUGUUAAAGAAAAGAGAAAAUUUUCCAUAACAUUGGGUUAUUGUUAAACACAAAUAUUUGGUGAAUAAAUUAGUAGAGAAUUUGUUAAAAAAGGAAUAAUUUGAAACGGUGUUUUGUGGAUUAGGUGAAUAACGACGGUGUUAAUAUUCGUUUAAAAUAGAAAUUUAAUAAAAAAAAAUAGUAAAAUGUCUUCGACAAAUCAACCACAACAACAAUCGCCGUCACAACAGCAACAGCCUACAACUCCUCCACAAAAGAAACCAUCCACAACUGAACGCGCAAUUGAUAGUGUUCUUUUUCCUCCCUGCCAUAAAUUGACGGUGUCAGAAGUAUUCGAUAAUCGUACAACUAAUAAACCAAAUCCAGAUGUACUUAAACAGCAUUUUAUACUGGAAGGACGUAUAGAAGAAGCGGCCGCCUUAAGGAUAAUUCAAGAAGGAGCCUCACUAUUAAAGGCAGAAAAAACAAUGAUUGACAUUGAGGCACCUGUCACAGUGUGCGGUGAUAUUCAUGGUCAAUUCUACGAUCUUAUGAAACUAUUUGAAGUUGGUGGGCCACCUUCGUCCACAAAAUAUCUUUUUCUAGGUGAUUAUGUUGAUAGAGGAUAUUUUAGUAUAGAGUGUGUUUUAUACUUGUGGGCACUUAAGUUAUGUUAUCCUACGACCUUAUAUUUACUACGUGGUAAUCAUGAAUGUAGGCAUCUAACUGAAUAUUUCACAUUUAAACAAGAAUGCAAAAUCAAAUAUUCUGAUCGGGUUUAUGAAGCGUGUAUGGAUGCUUUCGAUUGUUUGCCAUUGGCUGCUUUAAUGAACCAACAAUUUUUAUGUGUACACGGUGGUCUGUCACCGGAAAUUCAUGAUUUAGAUGAUCUUAGAAAGUUGGAUAGAUUUAAAGAACCGCCAGCAUUCGGACCAAUGUGUGAUUUGUUAUGGUCGGAUCCGUUAGAGGAUUUUGGUAAUGAAAAAAAUUCGGAUUUCUUUUCACAUAAUUCGGUUAGAGGUUGUUCAUAUUUUUACAGUUAUGCAGCGUGUUGCGAUUUUCUUCAAAAUAAUAAUUUAUUAUCAAUAAUUAGAGCCCAUGAAGCGCAGGACGCUGGGUACCGGAUGUACAGAAAAAGUCAAACGACAGGUUUCCCCUCGUUAAUAACAAUCUUUUCGGCCCCAAAUUAUUUGGAUGUGUAUAACAAUAAGGCUGCGGUAUUAAAAUAUGAAAAUAAUGUUAUGAAUAUUAGACAAUUUAAUUGCUCAACGCAUCCCUAUUGGCUUCCAAAUUUCAUGGAUGUGUUCACGUGGUCGCUACCAUUUGUCGGCGAGAAAGUCACGGAAAUGCUCGUUAAUGUACUGAAUAUAUGCUCGGACGACGAAUUGGUAUCCGACACUGAUGACGCACUGGAAGAAGUCAAACAGAGACUUGUCGUUAUGCCUCCACGCAAGAUGACUAAUCUUCGCAAGGAAGUUAUCCGCAACAAAAUUCGAGCCAUUGGAAAAAUGGCGAGAGUAUUUUCUGUAUUGAGAGAGGAAUCUGAAUCAGUACUUCAACUCAAGGGACUUACUCCGACUGGAGCACUACCGCUGGGUGCACUGUCUGGUGGAAAGACGUCGCUUAAGAAUGCUUUGCAAGGCUUCUCUCCAAACCACAAAAUUCGGUCAUUUGCCGAAGCUAAAGGUUUGGAUGCCAUUAACGAACGUAUGCCACCACGAAAAGAUGCUCCACCCACACCAAGUGAAGAUCCAGCCAAAUUAGCCGCAACAACACCUACCGAAUCAUCGUGAAAACAUGUCUAAAUGGACCACAGUUUAUUCAUCAAAUUUUCUUUUUCUUUUCUUUAAAAAUUUUUUCUUUUUCAUUUUGUUCAAAUCGAUUUUUCUGUAAAAGUCACAUCUAUGAUCGCUUGAAUGUAAUU